AACCGUGCAUUUUCGGGAUUUUGUUUUUAUCCCCCAUGCUUAUUUUUUCUUUCUAAAAUCUUAUUUUUUAUUAGACAUUUUAUACAUUUAAAAUAUUAAAAUUUAAUCAGCCACAAUUUUUUUGUUAAACUUGUAGAAAAGUGUUAUUUGGUAUCUUGCACAUUUCUUUGUAAGGGCGUGGUUACGCUGAGGGCGUGCUUUCCUCUGUUGUUCAAAUUCGCGAGGAGGGCAAGUUGCUAGCUAGGCACCGUGAAGCAUGGAAUUUAACGACAGCUUUUUAAUUAAACACACCGAUGACUUAAAGCUGCCGGUCACAGGAACAGUGCACAGACAGCAGAUGACUUUCCACUGUCAGCAGUGCAACGCUGUCCUGGCGGACUCCACAGGCGUCUGUGGAGAGAUGAAAAGCAUGGACUCGCUUAUGUGCUUAAGAGUAACCAAUGAUGUAGUCAUUAGUGACAAGAUGGAGUCAGAACAUAAAGGGGAAAUGACUAAUUGCAUCUACAGCUCUUUAAAAUGCCGUGGCUGCCGCUGUGCUCUGGGGAAAGUCAUUCACUCAGCACCCUCACGUUUGGCUCUGAUUCGGUCCAUCUUUCUCCUCUACAAAGCAAACAUCAACUGUUACAUCCUCAACAGCAGCUCCCUGGUGAAGGCAUCCACACUCACAUUUGAUCAGAAGCCGCUCAGACAAAGCAUGAAUGAGGUGAGACAACAGUUUGAAGCACAGCUGGAACAGAUGUCACGCAUUAAGAACAGACUGGUAGACAGAAGUGUUACCAGUAAUAUGGUCAACUAGUAUACACAGGACACCCAGCUCAACCUGGGAUUAGGGAAAAUAUGUUCUUCAGUCUGCUGCGUACUGUAGAUGGUUUUUGGUGAUGGUGGCAUUUAUGCGCCUCCAUAUGCUUGUAAAGAAAAUUAUAUCACUAAUAAUGGAUUAGAGCUGAAAUGUGUUUGUUCCAUUGGAAAAUAAAGGGAUCAGUGAACAC